CCUAGCACCAUCGCAGGGUUCUCCUCAGUCUCCUCAACCUCUCCAUGGCCGACACCCCCAAAAAAUCAACAACCCAAUCCACCCCUAAAUCCAAGAAAACGCCAAUUCAAAACCCUAAACCCUCACCCUCUCCCCAAACCCCUCCCACCCCCCAGCCCCUCCCUCCCCCUCGCCGCUCCUCCCGCCUCGUCUCCUCCCCCGAUCCACGGUCGCUGCCUUCUUCCCUACCCAAAGCAACAAUCCGCCAAAGCCCUAAUACUGCUAAGAAUGUCAGAAAACGUAAAAAUGGCAGUGAUUCGGUUGAAGUUUCGCUGUCAUCGAAAUCGUUGUCUCCUGUGUCGCCUGAUCGAUAUGAAGUGAGAAAGAGAAAGAAAUGUGGGGAAGAGAGUUUGGGGAAAAGGAGGAAGGCUAGGAUUUUGAGAAAUGUGAAGAGAGAUUUGGGCAUACCGAAGAAGAAGAGGGUGUACUAUAGGAAAGUUGUGUAUGAUGGAGGGGAGUUUUCGGUGGGGGACAACGUGUAUGUGAAGAGGAGAGAGGAAGCGAGCUCGGAUGAGGAAGAUCCCGAGACGGAGGAGUGCAGGGUGUGUUAUAAGGCUGGGAGGGCUGUGAUGAUUGAGUGUGAUGAUUGCUUGGGUGGGUUUCACUUGAAGUGCUUGAGGCCACCGUUGAGGGAGGUUCCAGAAGGGGAUUGGGUUUGUGGGUAUUGCGAGGCGAGGAAGUUGGGUAAGGAUGUGGAGUUUCCUAGCCCGCCGGAGGGGAAGAAGAGGUUUAGGACCGCGAGAGAGAAGCUUCUUUCGAGCGAUUUGUGGGCCGUCCAUAUUGAGAGUAUGUGGAAAGAGGUGGAUGGGAGCUAUUGGUUCAGGGGUCGUUGGUACAUAAUACCUGAAGAAACUGCUGCUGGAAGACAGCCACAUAACUUGAGGAGGGAGAUUUAUUGGACUAAUGAUUUUGCUGACAUUGAGAUGGAAUCUGUCCUUCGGCACUGCUUCGUCAUGAACCCUAAAGAAUAUGCUGAUGCCAAAAACGAAGGUGAUGACGUGUUCAUUUGUGAGUACGAGUAUGAUACACAUUGGCAUAGUUUCAAGCGUCUUGCGGAUAUUGAUCACGGAGAAGAGGAUGGUGGAGAAGCUGAUAGUGAUGAAGAUUGGAAUUCUUGCAAGGCUUCAGACGCGGACACAGAAGAUGAAAUGGACUAUGAAGACGAAAAAAAGAAUAAUUUAUCCACUGGACCAUCCACAACUCAUCAGUUGGCUGCAAAUUCACGGAAAGGGAGGAUCUUUGGACUUCAAAAAAUAGGCAUGAAGAGAAUACCUGGACAUGUGAGAUCCCAUAAGCAGACUGAGCUUGAAAGAGCAAAAGCAACACUUUUGCUGUCAACUUUGCCCAAGUUUCUACCAUGCAGGAACAAAGAAGUUGAAGAGAUUACCGCAUUUAUAAAAGGUGCAAUCUGUGAUGAUCAAUGUCUUGGACGUUGCCUGUACAUUCAUGGUGUUCCUGGAACUGGCAAGACAAUGAGUGUACUCACAGUAAUGAAGAGUCUGAAGUCUGAAGUCGAUGCAGGACGUAUAAAGCCUUACUGUUUUGUGGAGAUUAAUGGUUUGAAAUUGGCAUCACCGGAUAAUAUUUACAGGGUAAUUUAUGAAGCAUUAAGUGGUCAUAGGGUUAGUUGGAAAAAGGCUCUCCCGUUGCUGAAUGAAAGAUUUUCAAAUGGAAUCAAAGGUGGCAAAGAGGACAACCGGCCUUGUAUUCUUCUCAUUGAUGAACUUGAUCUUCUUGUAACCAGAAAUCAGUCGGUUCUCUACAACAUUCUUGAUUGGCCUACAAAGCCUCAUUCCAAAUUAAUUGUGAUAGGAAUAGCAAAUACUAUGGAUCUUCCGGAGAAGUUGCUUCCCCGUAUUUCAAGCCGCAUGGGCAUACAAAGGCUUUGUUUCGGCCCCUACAAUUAUCAGCAGCUCCAAGAAAUCAUUUCAACACGUCUUAAAGGAAUCGAUGCAUUUGAGAAACAAGCCAUAGAAUUUGCUUCAAGAAAGGUAGCAGCUGUUUCAGGAGAUGCACGCCGUGCCCUUGAGAUAUGUAGGCGUGCGGCAGAACUUACUGACUAUCGUACUAAGAAAUUGGCGUCAGUUCCCAAUGCUGCUUCUGCUGGGAAAGCUCUUGUUGGUAUGACAGAUGUUGAAGCAGCCAUACAGGAGAUGUUCCAGGCUCCUCAUAUCCAAGUAAUGAAAACUUGUUCUAAACUGAGUAAAAUCUUCUUGACGGCUAUGGUGCAUGAGCUCUAUAAAACAGGAAUGGGUGAAACAACGUUUGAGAAGCUGGCAAUGUCUGUUUCAUGUCUUUGUACAAGCAAUGGAGAAGCAUUUCCUGGGUGGGAUACACUCUUGAAAGUUGGCUGUAAACUUGGUGAAUGCAGAAUCGUUCUUUGUGAAGCAGGAGCAAGGCACAGGUUGCAGAAGCUGCAGCUCAACUUUCCAAGUGAUGAUGUUGCUUUUGCACUGAAAGACAGCAAGGAGCUACCCUGGUUGGCCAAGUACUUGUGACUCAAAAUCUGAGAAACUAAAUGGAGAUUAUUUAUUUCUCGCUUUUUUCUAUUUUCAUCAGUUCUUCAUUCUCACCAUUUUUCGGAAACAUUCGGAUAAACCUUUCCUUUUUUCCUCCCUUGUUUUCUCUCCCUUGUUCCCCCCAUCCCCCAGUUUUGAAUUUGAGAAACAUUGUGGUUUGAGGCACUCCUCCAGUUUUAUCUUAUCUGCGAAUUCUAUUGAGACCAA